ACGGCGCGGACCGGGCGGGAGCUCCGCGGCCCCGGGAUCCCCCGGGAUUCUCCCGGGGCUGGAGCGUGUGCGGGGAAGGGAGCGGAGCUGGGGAAGGGGCUCGGGAUGGAAUUCCUGACACUCUUCCUGGUUUACCUGUGCUUUGUGCUCCUUGUCACUGCUCUGCUCUGCCUCUGCUCGGGAAGGAAGGAGAGUUUCCUCGCAAGGAGUGUCAACAGGGCAAGCCAGGUGCUCUCGCUGGUGAUCCCCAGCCAGCUGCAGAGGGUGGCACACAGGGUGGCACACGGGGCACUGCACAGGCUCCUCCACACCAGGAGCUGUUUGUUUGUUGUCCUGCACAUGGCCCUGCAGGCUGCAGUGUUUGGGGAAUACACCUGGGAAGUGUUUGGGUACUGCUGGGAGCUGCAAUUCCACCUCCUCCUCCUCCUCCUGCCCUACCUCCUGCUGGCUGGGAACAUGAGCUGCUUCCUGCUCUGCUCCCGGGCCAAUCCUGGUAUAAUAACAAAAUCCAACCACGCAUCCCUGGUUAAGGUUUAUGCUUAUGAUGGGGUGAUGUUCCAGAGAGGCACCGUGUGCCCCACGUGCACCAUGGAGAAACCAGCCAGGUCCAAGCACUGCAGUGUGUGCGGGACGUGCAUCCAUCGCUUCGACCACCACUGUGUGUGGCUCAACAACUGCGUGGGGGCCUCCAACGCGGGCUGGUUCCUGCUCUACCUGCUGUCCCUGACGGCCACGGCCACCGCCCUGGCUGCCACCACCCUGGCCUUCCUCAGCCACGUGGUGCAGCUCUCCAACCUCCUGCACAGCACUUACCUGGACGCCCAGGGCCAGGAGCGCCCCGUGGGGAUUCCCUUCAUCGUCCAGCACCUUUUCUUGACUUUCCCCAGGAUUGUCUUCAUGCUGGGGUUUGUUAUCCUGCUCACACUCGUCCUGGGUGGAUACAGUGCUUUCAGUCUGUACUUGGCCUUCACCAACCAAACCACCAACGAAUGGUGUAAAUCCAGAAGAUUUGGGGUGUCCCACCAUGUCUCAUCACAGGCCCCUGACAGACAAGUUGUCUACAAAAACAUUUAUUCUAAAGGAAUCUGGAGGAAUUUAAAGGAAAUCUUUAGGCCUCCUACAGCACUGGAAAGGAAGAAGAAAACAUGAAGAUAUUUGUGCAUCUUUAAACUUUUUUUUGGUAAGAUUUUUAUUGCAGCAGUGGGUCUGGAUGCCCCAAACAGCUUUUGGAACCAGAUUACUGCAGAAUUUGGGCUGAUGGUGCCCCAGCAGAGCAAGGUUCAGAUCCCUCCCUCUGUGAGGUCUCUGAGGUUCAGCUCAGCCCUGUCUGCAGGAUACAGGGACCAGUAGGAAUUUCCUGGGAUGGAGAGGAUGGUUUGGUCCAUCUCCCUGCAGUGAAUGUUCCUCUCUCUGGGAAGGGCCAACACAGAGCUGCUGUGAAUUUUGAGGAAGCUGCAUCUUUUGUGAGUAUCUUUGUGUGGGAAAUGAUUAACCCAUUUCUGUAACAGUAAGUACAACAGGGUGUAUGUAUUUAACUGGAAAAAAGAUGGUUAUUGACAGCAUCUUAACCUACAGAGACCACGUUCUGCUGCAGAUUUUGUACUAAUGUGGAGCACCUUAAUUUCAGGAAGGACAUUAAAGUGCUGCAUCUCUUUA